AGAGCAGAGCUCCUCCACAGACCACAGCCGCAGGGCUCCCACUGCAACUCAGAGGAAAAACCUCACACACAAAUAUAUAUACUGGAGGAGAAAGUGCUACCUCACAAUACCUCAAGACAGAGAACAAGACAAAGAGGAGGAGAGAAAAAGAGUGAUCAGACAAAUACGGAGAGGAGGUGAGAAGAACUGGAUGAGGUUCCCUGCUCUUUUUUUGGUACGAACAGAACUUGGGCACACAGCUCUUCACAUUCUACUUUGGGAGUGCAUUCAAUAAUUUAUUUUCUGCCUCAUUUUGGUCUGUGGAACACGACUUUGCUCUUUUUUUUUUUUUUAAAGUUUAACAUACAGAUCUGGAUUUAUAUUUCCAAUCAACAUUUCUGCCUGUCUGGCUCUUUUGGCAACUCUAGCACCGUUUCAGUACCUGCCUCUAAACUUACCCACUCUUCCUUCGAGUGUGUGAGCAUCAGUUUCUGACUGAAUAUAUUGGAGGACACAGAUUCCCUCUGCCUCUACCUCAGGAUGGCUGGCUGUACCAGCCGCUGCAGGCAGGGGGUGCUCAAAUUAAUCCAGUCCCUGCAGAGAUUGGUCUCAGGAACCCUCACAAAAGAUAAAACAGAUGACGAGCUUGAGAUGACAACAGUGUGUCACAGGCCAGAGGGUCUUGAGCAACUGGAAGCCCAAACUAACUUCACCAAACAGGAGCUGCAGAUCCUCUAUCGUGGCUUCAAGAAUGAAUGUCCAAGUGGUGUGGUAAAUGAGGAGACAUUUAAACACAUUUACGCACAGUUCUUCCCUCAUGGAGAUGCAAGCAUGUAUGCACAUUAUCUUUUCAAUGCAUUUGACACUACAAACAAUGGCUCCAUUAAGUUUAAGGACUUUGUAACAGGGUUGUCCAUACUGCUGCGAGGAACACUGAGAGAAAAGCUUGAGUGGACGUUUCACCUUUAUGACAUUAACAAAGAUGGCUACAUAAACAGAGAGGAAAUGACUGAGAUUGUGAGGGCCAUUUAUGACAUGAUGGGAAAGUACACCUACCCUGCACUAAAGGGAGACGUCCCCCAGCAGCAUGUGGAUGCCUUUUUUCAGAAAAUGGACAAAAACAAAGAUGGAGUGGUGACUUUAGAGGAGUUUAUCAUAGCCUGCCAGGAGGACGAAACCAUGAUGAGAUCCAUGCAGCUGUUCGAAAACGUGAUGUAGGACCAGAGGAGAUGAUGAAGACAAAGACAUAGAAAAUAAGAGGGCUUGGUGUGAGUGCGUGUGUGUGGAUGCAUAUGUGCAAUACGUCUGGUCUCUCCUUCUCUUCCCGUUUCAUCAAACUGUGGUCUGGAUACAGCCAGAAUGCCCCACAAUGACUUGAAUGAAGGGAUUGGACUGGAAUGCUUUUACCUUUCCUGCUGAGUUUUUUUCCACACAAUACAAAGUCACUAAUGUGACAGACUUGGACAUAUAAAGACAUUGCUCUCAGUUCUGUUAAAGAUAAAGAUGCUCCAACAUUACAAGGCUGCUCCCGACCAGCAAAAAGCUAUUGCUCAACCAGCUGAACUUUAUUUUUUGCCAAAAUAAAUGCAUGCUUUUGCAAGAGGUUCUGAUUCAUCUCCAAACAUUUGUCAUAGCUGUUAUGGGAAUUUGGCCAUAAGGACUUCUAUAUUUAUCUCAUGCAUCUAGUGUCUGACAGAUGUGACAUUUUUGAAAUGCCAUGUGCUGGUUUCACUGUUGCAGUGACCCUUGUACUCCUGUGUCGACCUGGCUGUCGCUUGCCUGCUAAGUCUGUCUGAUGCAUAUAUUGUUAAGAGUCUGUCUAAAGCUUCCAGUAGAAGGCCAAACAUUUUGGAAGCAGUACGUUUCCUGGGUCUUAUAUGGUAUGUGUGUGUCUUUCUGUAUAUGUUGGAACUUAGUGAAAAAGGAAGAAGACAUCAAUUAAUUCCUUUAUAUUUUCACCUGCUGCUUAGCUUCUUGUGGUCAAAUCGGUGUGUUGUCAAAAAUGUAAAAAGAAAAAAAAAUAUAGUGAAAAAUGUGCAUACAUUUUGGAUUUCAUGAUGAGGUGCCCGCAAAACAUAUUUGUUGAAUAAUAAUGAGAGGCUUGAGUUCAUCAAACCAAUAUCUUUAUUUGCACAGGUGACGGGUGAUCAGGGUCGGAGAUGAAGACAAUGUUAACAGUAAAUUAUUUGUAUUGUAAUGCGCUAUUGAUCUCGCUCAUUGCUAUGUAAUAUACAAGAAAGAUGGUAGGAAGAUUGGUCCGUCUGAUGAAAUCCUGGUAUGAGAAAGCCUCAGAUAAUCAUGCAGGGAAAUACCAUAGAAUGUCAGCUUUUGGAAUGUGAUAUUUUGAUGACACUGAGGGCAGCUCCAUCUGUAUUAGUUAACAUUUGGCACUGCCUCCUCCAUCCAAACCAGGCCUGUGAUGUCACACCGGUGUACAUUACAGGUACAGACAGAAAAGGAUGACUCCUGCAGAUGGUUGUCUGUGAGUCAGGGUGUCUGGGGAGGCAUCGCUAUAAUAGAAAACUCACAAGGACAUAGUAGUUUAUGCACUAAAAUAUUCAUUACUGUUCUUUUUGCUGUCAGUGGAGCAGCUCUUUGCUGUAUGGUACAUCAGUGUGACAAUACAGCCUCUGGUCUCUGAUAUCUUGGUUUGGAACAGAGUCGUUAAAUCUCACAGACAGAAUAUUAAUUUUAAGCCAUAAGAAUAAAUAUGUAAAUUCUUAAA